AAUAACUAACUAUGAGCAGUGGUCUCUUGUCUGCACUCGUUGGCUUUUAAGAUUAACGCUAACAUCCUAACAAGCGGCUGUGUUGACACAAGAAAUCCAGACAGAAAUGGAGGAAUAUAACUCUGGCGAUGAGGUGGUCUUCAAUGCUGAUGAUGCCAGUAACAGCAUUAAAGAGUGCAUAGAGGGCGUCAUCGGCGGUACGGACUACAGCCAAAGUAAAGUGAACCAGUGGACCGCCAGCAUCGUGGAGCGCUCUCUGACUCACCUCGUCAAGCAAGGCCGGCCUUUCAAGUACAUAGUUAACUGCACCAUCAUGCAGAAGAGCAGUGCCAGUCUCCACACGGCCAACUCCUGCUACUGGGACAACACCACGGACGGAAGCUGCACAGUCCGAUGGGAGAACCGCACCAUGUAUUGCGUGGUGUGCGUCUUUGCCGUGGCCUUGCAGCUGUGACGCCAUCACCCGCCCAUUAUCAUCCUCAACUUUGGCAGUAACUUAUUUCCAAUUCAGGGCAAACGGAAGGAAGCACGUUCAGGAUGCAACAAUGAGGCCCGGUGUUGCUCUUUUGUGUGAUCAUUCCGACGCCUCCGGGAGUCACUUUGUGGUCAGCAAAGAAUCAAACCCUUCCUGCGGCGAUCCCUCAGCUUUUUGUGACGUCUCAUUCAUUACAUUCCAAAAUAAAACUGCGCUGAAACGGCUGCAGGCUUUGGAAGACUCACCAAACUACUGUUCAUGUUGUGAUAGUACUUUAAAUGUAGAAAGAUUUUGAGAUGUUUACUUGUAUGGUCAGAAUUUGUGUACAUUUGUUGAUUUGAACAGUGUCUCUAGUGAAAUAAAGGUGAUUUCCCCUUAUAAAUAACCUACAUCCUUUGUAGAGCUGCAACCAUUAAUCCAUUACCCAACUAAUUGACACCUAUUUUGGUAAUCCAGUAAUCAUUUUUUGGAUUUAAAUAUCCUGAUUUCAGCCUCUGAAAUGUGAAUAUAUUUUAGUUUCCUUAUGUCAUUGAUGCAAGCAGAGCUAUUAUCUUUGUGUUUGAGCCACACAUCAGCUUUGACUUUGGAAAGGUAGGCUUCAUAUUCAUUUGCUCCAUCUACGGCCUCACGAUCACUCCGUUAAUUGAAACAACAAACUUCAGAUGAAUUGACCAAGAAAACGAUCAUGAUUGUAUUUUUGUGUUCUGCGUCCUGAUUGGCUGUAGACCAUUGUCAAUCAACCUCCUUUGUGUCGUUUCCUGUUGUGGUCAAUAGUCGCUAGCGAACUAGCUAACUGUGAGCUGCUUGCUGACCGCCAAUAAACAAUCG